AUGCUCAUUACCCCCCGAACGUAUUCCGCCUCGCAGACCCCCGACCAAGCCGCGGCUGCUAGCCGCACGGAGGGCGCAUUCCGUUUCUAUACGCUCGCUGGGUGGCGUCAGAGCCCCAUGGAUGAUAAUCCGACUGCCGACAUGCUCUUGGUUCACCAGACUGGCAGUGUACGCGUAGGGGAGAUUGUCCGAUAUACACUAACCUACACUCCUGCGGCCGAUCCAAUCCUACCGAUCCCGUCAGAACUCCACGUGAGGGUGAAGAACACCUCCGCCAUCCCGCUCCGAGCAGCCUAUCUCCACGGCCCAUAUACCCUAUACGCCGCCUGCUACCCGUCAACAUUCGAUCCCAACAGCAAAUAUGACCAGCAGGAUGCUGAUGGCGCCCCGCAAUUCGAACCGUACCUCAAAGCGGGCGGCAACUGGGAUGCACGCAUCAAGAUGCCCGCGCGCUUCGGGGAUUCACACAACCUGGCCGUGGGUCACUUGGGAUUGGAGUGCGACCGAACGGUGACCUGGGUGAUUGACAUUGUGUCUCAAGUCGUCUUCUCGAGUAGUGCGGCUGUUCAUUUUGAGUUGCUGGUUGGCCGGGACGCCAAAUCCAUCGACUUCUUCUCCGCGGGUGGCUUGUCGGCCGCGGGCAUCGGACCUUCUGGCAAAUUACAGGACCAUUGGCCGCCCGGAGGGACAAAGGGGCAUCAGGUCCUUGCGACGAAGGGCGUGUACUCCAAGUCCACCACCAUACGCGUCGAUGACACGAGUAGCCUGUGGAACCGUCCACCACUACCCUCGGGGACACCCCGCGGGGCGGAUGGGGAGUCUGAGAAUACAGACGGUGAAACCCAAGAUGCGGCGUCUGAAGUGCCGGGAAGGAUCACCGUGGCUCACCCAAGGAGACCACCCCGGAAGAAAAAAGUUCAUCUGGUGGUGCUCAGCCAUGGAUUGCACAGCAACCUGGGUGCGGACAUGCUGUAUCUGAAGGAAAGCAUCGAUGCUGCGGCUGCAGCCAAAAAGAAGAAGGCCCAAUCCCAGGAUCUCCAUGAGAGCGAAGGCAGCACUGAUGAAGACGAAGAAGAAGAAGAAGUCAUUGUUCGAGGAUUUUCUGGCAACGCGGUUCGCACUGAGCGGGGGAUUCAGUAUCUCGGCAAACGUCUGGCCAAGUAUGUUUUGUUGAUGACAUACCCGGACCAGCCAUAUUACCCCUUGAAGGGUGGGAACUCAAAGUCCUUUUCUCGCCCUUUCAGUGCCCGCAAAGAUCAAGCUCAACCCUCCGUGGUGCCUCAUUCAUCCUCGGCGAACCAUGAGAAGCCCGCCGACGGCGAUGACCAUGCUUACCAGAUCACCAGCAUUAGUUUCAUCGGACAUUCUCUUGGCGGCCUGAUUCAAACAUACGCCAUCGCAUACAUCCAGAAGCAUUCGCCGGAGUUUUUCGAACGGAUUCAACCCAUUAACUUUAUUGCCCUCGCAUCUCCUUUCCUGGGCCUCAGCAACGAGAAUCCGAUGUAUGUGCGGUUUGCCCUCGACCUGGGCCUUGUUGGACGGACUGGACAAGAUCUUGGGCUGAGCUGGACGGCACCGAAGGUGCGCAGUGGCUGGGGUGCAAUUAUCGGCGGCCGAGGAGACUCAGCCACGGACCAAAGCCAGACUGAUCCUGGAUCAAAACCGCUGUUGCGAAUCCUACCCUGCGGACCCGCACACGAAGUCCUCCGUAAAUUCCAUCACCGGACCGUCUACUCCAAUGUGGUGAAUGAUGGGAUUGUCCCCUUGCGGACGUCUUGUCUUCUCUUCCUCGACUGGCGAGGCCUGGACCGAGUGGAGAAAGCAAGAAGGGACAACGGUCUCGUCGGAACUAUGGCGGAAUGGGGCUGGGCGGAACUCACUGGUGCCAAUUCCAAGUCACCGCGGCUUGCUCGUUCCGAUGAGAUCCCAGGCAUGGGCGAUGGCACUAGCGCGCCGAGGAAUGGGUACACCGGAUCUCUCCAGGAGACCCAGCCCUUGCAAGAGAAUGAAGCCAUUGCAUUGCGUGAAGAGGCAUCAUCUCCGGCCUCUGGGCAGUUCCUUCCACGAGGAAGAGCAUCCUUGACGGCAAGUAGUGCGGGGACAGAGGCAAGGCAGAAGGACGUUUCGGACCCAAAUCCAGGCCCCUUGAGCAGCUUCCUCGCCUUCUUCCGCCCCAAGGAGCCAAAGCGUUCCCCCUCUAGCAAGCAUGCCAAAAUUUACAGGCGCAGCCAGACACUCGCUUCGUUCGACCCCAAUGAGUUGCCAGUAUCGAGUGUCCGUGGCAAUUCCUUGUACGAGGAGGAUGUUGGGGUUCAUACACCCCCAAAGACCACUUUCUUCGAGUCUGCAGGGGACUUGUUGAUGCCACCCUUGCCCCCGACUGACUUCAUUCUGGACCCUGCUGCCCGCCCUCGAACCAUUUUCCACGACCGCAUCUACCAUCCAGAGGAUAUCCCCGCUCCGCUUCCCGUCAAGCGGCGAACCAUGACAUUCGCUUCGUUCCAACCCAAGCAUGCCAAGACAGCGCCUCCCGAAUUACCAUCCAGCUCCAACGCUCCUGCUAAAAAUGGCGAAAGUGGACUCAAAGUCGAGGAGAAAAUUGCGAGAGCUUACCACCGCGAUCUGACCUGGCGCAAAGUGCUUGUUCGCCUCGAACCCGACGCACACAAUAACAUUAUCGUGCGUCGCAUGUUCACCAAUGCCUAUGGAUGGCCAGUUGUGAAGCACCUCGUCGACACGCACUUUGGCCACUCGCCUAAUGUUGAGAUCGAUGAUGCCCUGAAGUGCAAUGCUGAACGAGCCAAGUCCCCGAACGUGGGACCCACGAGUUCCGGCGAUGAAGUGGAAGGCCAGUCCGAUACCACCGAGGGAGACCCGACAAUGGAUGAUCGUUCUGGACCGGGCCAUACACAUGGCGCCGCCGUCCGUCCGUCCUGCCCGGAGGGAUAUCCCCAAUUACAUGAUCGAGCUGAUACGCUCCCUACCGAGCAUGAACAUGCGUGCCACGAGACAGCGAGCACCCAUGCACGAGCCCAUUCUCACCAUACCGAGGACUCUCGUCAGGACUCGGCGCGAUGGACGGAUCGCCAGGUGGACGAAGAUGACGAUCGCGAAUCUGGGUUGGACGAGGGUGAUGAUGCCGACUAUCGAUCAUCUCCGGCUCCUCGGCCCCCUGCGGGACCCGAGAGAGAUUGUACAUAA